AUGGAUAGUCACAUCACCAGCGGCGGGCCACCACCAAGGCCAAUCCCCACUGUGGGAGCCGCCCGUCACAUUGCGCAACAGCUCUACCGCAUCGCCCAGCGAGCUGGCCAGCAAGCUUCUCCCUCCGUGGCCUCAACCACAAACCCGAAGGGAGUCGCAAACAAGAUCAAGAUUGUGUGCAUCUCAGACACACACAACUACAAGCCCGAGCUACCAAACGGAGACCUGCUCCUUCAUGGCGGCGAUUUGACGGAGAAUGGGACCUUUAGGGAGCUGCAGGCACAGCUUGACUGGCUCAAGAGUUUGCCGCACAAGCACAAAGUGGUGAUUGGAGGAAACCACGAUGAUCUUUUGGAUACGGAUUUUAUUACCGCUCACCCUGAGAAGGAGAUGGGGUCUUAUGAUAAGACGCCUGGCAGGACCAAGGCGGACCUGGACUGGGGUGACAUAGUCUAUCUUCAAAGCUCGGUGACGACUCUCCAGAUCGAAGCCGGUUCCGAUGAAAAAGAAGUUCCACAAACAAGAAGCCUCAAGAUCUACGGAAACCCAGGCACCGUCCGCUGCGGUCCGUUCGGAUUCUCAAUCGAGCCCGAGGUGGCCAAAUACUACUGGGAAGACCGCAUCCCCGCAGACACGGACAUCGUCCUCUGCCACAGCCCACCUCGGUACCACCUCGACAACGGCUACGGAUGCUCGUCCCUCUUAGAGGAGAUUUGGCGCGUCAGGCCGCCGCUCAUGGUUUUCGGGCACGCGCAUGCUGACCACGGCGAGGGAAUCAUGAAGUUUGACGCGGUGCAGUAUUGGUAUGAGAAGGUGAUGACCUCUGGGAGCUGGGCCUCUCUGGCGAUGCUCACGAUUCAUGUGAUUCUUUCUCGGGCGCGUGGAUUGUUUGCGUCGCGACGGCCUUUGCCACGUGGACAGGCUACGCAUUUGGUGAAUGCGGCGAUGAAGUCGGGAAAUACCUGGUUUAACGUCAUCGAGGUCGAUUUCUAA